AUGAAUACAGCAACAACCUUGUUUGGUGUUAUUUGCGGUAAGAAAUAUUAUUGUAACAAGAAAAAAAUGUAUUUUACUUUGAAAAUCUGUAAAAAUUACUAUUUUUUCAAUCAAUUUCAGUUGAAGCUUACUACAAAUUUUAAAAAAAAUUAUUCUAUAAUAUUUUGCUCUUUUCUAACCUACCCUAACUUUUUUAAAAUAAUAAUUAGUAUUUUUUUCAAAAACUAAUUUUUACCAUUCUAGCUUCCCUCCUAAUCUCCCAAGCCUUCGCCGUUGGUGGAGUAGCUGAACUAAAGUCAUUAACCGGAGACGCUCCUUACCUUGGUUUUGGCAAUCAAGAGCAAGCUCCAGAAUACUUUGGUGACGCCUUGGCUAGACAGUAUUACCAGAAUCCGGCUUAUGGAUAUGCUCCACGGUCACCAUACUCGGCUUACAACUACCGUGCCGCUUUUACUCCUUACCGUCCCCCUAUGUAUGGUGGAGUGUAUCCUGGAGGUAAGUCAUAGUCGUUUUGUUAUACAGUACUUAUACUGUACUUGUAAUUUAAAACUUAAUAAAUAUUUUUGUUUUUUUUCUUUUUUAGGCAUUGUAUAGGAUUAAAAAUGGCAAAAAAAAGCAUUGUUAAUGUCUGUAAUAAGGUAUUAGGGUGUGUAAUUAAUUAUGAGUCUCUUAACACUAGUAAUAUGACUUGCGAUUGAGCGCAGAAUCAUCUGAACAGCCUAAUAUUUGACUUCAAAGUUGAUGUUUUUAAAAUUUCUUAUUUUAUAUUAUGUAUACUUGAUGUUUUGGCCUAUACUACUGAUUUUUAACUAUAAUAUGUAGCUAAAAUAGGCCUAAAAGGUUGUCUACUAGAUCAAACAGACCAAGCCGAAUCAAUGCGAAUUUAAAAAAAACCGGGCAGGGCCAAACAAUUGGGCCUGGUUUCUUUACAAGUCUAAGCUACAGCCUUAGUUUAGUGUUUGUCUAUGCCUUUUAGGUGUUUUGUGUACUAACAAGAAUAUUAUUAUAGGUAUCUUUGGAUAAAAUGACUCUAACUAUGUGUACCUUUUGUUAACUGACUAUAGUGAUGCUACGGAAGACCACAUUACCAAGCAUUUACUUUAUCAUAUCAUAGCAAUACUAACAAACGCAAUAUAUUAUGUGCAAUUAUAUUUUUGUUGUUUAUAAAGUUUUAUGUUUAGCACUAAUAAAUCUUAAACAUACUAGUAGAGUUUUCUAAUACUAGACUUACUGUAACAGUUCAAAAAUAAUGUUUAAAAAUUUUUACUGUACUUACCUUAAUCCUAAUAAACAUAUUAUAUAAUACCAAAGCCCUGAAAUAAAAUUUUAAGGUCAAUACGCUGGUCAACAACCAUAUGCCGGUCAAUACCAAGGAGCCAGCAACUAUGUGCCACCAGCUGAGACAGUCGUAGUUGAGCAACCAGAACCAGCUCCUUCUCUACCUUCUAAUGGCGGUAAUGGCUUCUAUCAAGGCAGAGGCAAUGAAUGGGUCAAUCAGAAAUAA